UGGAAUGAACGUUUAUGUUGUUGCAUAAAGGUACGUCUAAUUCUCACAACGUCACUUUUCUGAUGAUUGUACGACUAAAUGUAAUUUUUUUCCCGUUUACGAAAUAAUUACGAUUUUACACGACGUUCAACUGGUAGACGAACUCAGCUUAUAAAGCGCCGUGGACGGCAUACCGUUGGAUUUUGAUAAAUAAUAAAAUAUCACUUCGUUGGAAUAGGCUACUGAAAGCUUUUGUAGUGAUUAUAAUUACAAGACAAUUUUAAGUGAAAUUAUUUAUCUUUAUUUUGACUUACGUUUUUAUAAAAAUAAUUAGUGAAUACUUAAUGGUAUUUUUAUUAAAUGUUCGUUAUUUUUUUAGUUAAUGUAAAUAUUUAAGUCAUAAGUAAACACGUUUUAGUGUUGAAAAGUAAUAAUUCUAAAUAAGUAUUAAAAUUUAAGACAGUAAUUUUGUGCAUGAUAUUGGUUCUUUCGAACCUUAAAUAAGUUUAGAUGAUCGCUACGAAUCAUAAUAACUCUGGGAUUACCAACCACAACAUGCCUAGUAAACAAGUAAAUAGAAUAAGCUUUGAAGGUAUAGAUGAUGCAGGUUGGAAGGCUAAACUCAAACUUCCUCCUCCCGAUAAACGAAUUAAAACAAGUGAUGUAACAUCCACUAAAGGAAAUGAUUUUGAAGAAUUCUGUUUGAAACGUGAGUUAUUAAUGGGUAUAUUUGAAAAAGGUUGGGAAAAACCUAGCCCAAUUCAAGAAGCAAGUAUACCAAUUGCACUCUCUGGAAAAGAUAUAUUGGCUAGAGCAAAAAAUGGGACUGGAAAAACUGGUGCAUAUUCUAUACCGGUUCUUGAACAAGUUGAUCCUAAAAAAGAUGUUAUACAAGCUCUUGUAAUUGUACCAACCAGAGAAUUAGCAUUACAAACUAGUCAAAUAUGUAUUGAACUUGCGAAACAUUUAGAUAUAAGAGUUAUGGUUACAACUGGUGGAACAAAUCUUAAGGAUGAUAUUCUUCGUAUUUACCAAAGAGUGCAUGUAAUUAUUGCAACACCUGGAAGAAUAUUAGAUCUCCUUGAUAAAAGUAUAGCCAAAGUAGAUCAAUGUCGAAUUCUAGUUCUAGAUGAGGCUGACAAACUUUUAUCUCAAGAUUUUAAGGGUAUGCUAGAUCACAUUAUUUCUAGGCUACCUCCAGAAAGGCAAAUUUUACUUUACUCUGCAACAUUCCCUUUAACUGUUAAACAAUUUAUGGAUAAGCAUUUACGUAGUCCAUAUGAAAUUAAUUUAAUGGAAGAGUUAACGUUAAAGGGUGUAACUCAGUAUUAUGCUUUUGUACAAGAAAAACAAAAGGUUCAUUGUCUCAAUACUUUAUUUUCGAAAUUGCAAAUUAACCAAAGUAUAAUAUUUUGUAACUCUACUCAACGUGUUGAGUUACUUGCAAAAAAAAUCACAGAUCUCGGCUAUUGUUGUUAUUAUAUUCAUGCUAAAAUGGCACAAGCUCAUCGUAACCGUGUUUUUCACGAUUUUAGGAAAGGGUCAUGUAGAAAUCUUGUUUGUUCUGAUCUUUUUACAAGAGGAAUUGAUGUACAAGCUGUCAAUGUUGUUAUAAACUUUGAUUUUCCUAAAAUGGCUGAGACUUAUUUGCAUCGUAUUGGACGAUCUGGUCGCUUUGGCCAUCUUGGUAUAGCUAUAAAUCUAAUAACAUAUGAUGAUAGAUUUGCUUUACAUCGUAUUGAACAAGAAUUGGGUACUGAAAUAAAACCCAUUCCUAAGGUUAUUGAUCCUAAAUUGUAUGUUGCUCGACCAGAAGAUCAAGAGAUAACUGAAGAUAUGGAUCUUAGUAAAUAAACAUUUACUAUUCAUUCUGCUCAUUGUAAAUAUUUGUAACUUAAACAAAACUACCCUACAUACUUAAUUGUGUAAAACUCGAAGAACCCAAGAUAAAAACUUUAUUUUCAAUCGCUAAAGAAAAAAUUUGAUUUAAAAACUGUGGAGUUUAUGUUAAAUUUUUUUGUUUUAGUUUGUUAAACAAUUUCAAAUUCUUCUUUUCUUUUCUAUAAUUUUUUUAAAUCAAAUAUUAAAUUUAGUUGUGUAUAUUGGAGUUCGCGAUAUGGUUAUAAGUUCUUGGAUCAAACCUAACGCGAGUUGCACUUGACUUUGGCCUAGUUGAUAUAAAUGUAUAUAUUUUUAAUUAUUAAAAAAAAAAACAAAAAAUUCAUUGCUAUUUUCCAAUAAAACUGUAAAUAAAAGUAUAUUAUUUAUUUUUAUUUUAAAAUAAA